GGUUAUGAGCCGUCUGAAGCCGCGUCGGUGCGUCGCUGUCCAGGGUCCUGAGUGAGACAGAGCCCGAGGGCGACCACGGAGCCUGACACUACCCGUGAGUUGAAAAGGUCAGGAGCCAUGGAGUUAAGAGUGGGAAACAAGUACCGCCUCGGGAGGAAGAUAGGGAGCGGAUCCUUUGGAGACAUUUACCUCGGCUCUAACAUCGCUACAGGAGAGGAAGUGGCCAUCAAGCUGGAGUGUGUGAAAACCAAACAUCCACAGCUCCACAUUGAGAGCAAAUUCUACAAGAUGAUGCAGGGCGGAGUGGGAAUCCCAUCUAUUAAAUGGUGCGGAGCAGAAGGCGACUACAACGUUAUGGUGAUGGAGCUGCUGGGCCCCAGUCUGGAGGACCUGUUCAACUUCUGCUCCCGCAAGUUCAGUCUGAAAACAGUCCUGCUGCUGGCCGACCAGAUGAUCAGUCGGGUUGAAUACAUCCACCUGAAGAACUUCAUCCACCGAGACGUGAAGCCUGACAACUUCCUGAUGGGGCUCGGCAAGAAAGGCAACCUGGUUUACAUCAUCGACUUCGGCCUAGCCAAGAAAUACCGCGACGCCCGAACGCACCAGCACAUCCCCUACCGCGAGAAUAAGAACCUCACCGGCACCGCCCGCUACGCCUCCAUCAACACCCACCUGGGCAUCGAGCAGUCGAGGCGAGACGACCUAGAGUCUCUGGGCUACGUUCUCAUGUACUUCAACCUGGGCUCUCUGCCCUGGCAGGGGCUCAAGGCCGCCACCAAGAGGCAGAAGUAUGAACGUAUCAGCGAAAAGAAAAUGUCCACUCCCAUUGAGGUGCUCUGCAAAGGAUACCCCUCUGUAUUCUCCACCUAUCUGAACCUGUGUCGCUCCCUGCGCUUCGACGACAAGCCAGACUACUCGUAUCUGAGGCAGCUCUUCAGGAACCUUUUCCACAGGCAGGGCUUCUCCUACGACUACGUCUUUGACUGGAGCAUGCUGAAGUUUGGAGCCAGCAGGACGGCGGAGGACGGAGAGAGGGACCGUAGGGAGGGAAAAGACGGAGAGGAGAGAGCAGGAGGAGGCCAAAGAGGAGCCGGGGGUCGAGCUUUGCCGUCUGGGCCGAACCCUUCAGCAGCCAACAGAGUCAGGAACGAGGCAGACGCAGCUCCUUCUAACCCGGUCACACGUGUGGUCCAGCAGUCAGGUAACCGCUCUCCUCAGGCGGGCAGAGCAGAACGAGCCGAGAGGGAGAGGAAGGUGGCCAUGAGGCUUCAUCGCGGGGCCCCGGCCAACGUGUCCUCUUCUGACCUCACAGCACGCGACCAAGCACGCAUCAAUGCAUCACAGGUCAGUGUGCCAUUUGAACAUCUGGCAAAGUGAGUUCUUCUUGGCUGGCCUGCAGGUCAGUGGCAGCAGCUGCAGGGUAUCAAAUACCCUUUACUUUUCAAAAGGUGAAUGAAAGCAUGAAUGAGUGGAGGAGGAGAAGGAGAUGAAGAAGAAGAAGAAGAAGAGGAAGCAAGAGGAGGAGGAGAAGGAGGCGUUGUAGGCCCUUAAAAGGGGGGUGCCGAGGGCGUCCGCGUGUCUGUCGG